CCGUCUGCGCACAGUAGGAGAGUACACGAGAUGACGACGCAGCACGUUGUCGGCCCCUGACGGGGAGCCGUGACCGCGCGGUGUAGGCGCAACAGUUGCCCGAUGGUCCGACACACCCUGUUGUGUCUGCACAACGCCUUGCUGAUGUGACGGCCACCGGUGACUGGAGAGCGACUGGCCAGGCAGUACGGGCCCGAGGAUUGGACGAGGCAAGGCGGCUAGUGCGAUAAUUGCCCACCGAACGUUAUCACUCAGAAUAGGGUGGAGUUGAUGAAGACUAUCUCCGCGAAGCACGUCUCUUGUGGCACGCCUCCGUGAAGCGCGCCUCCGCGAAGCACGCCACGAUCAAGCACGCCUUGAUAACGUACGCUUGAUGAAGCACUCCAGUGAUGAAGCACAUUCCGAUGAAGCACUGCCCGAUGCAGAAUUCCACGACGAAGCCGUGCACGACGGUGAAGCAUUCCACCUAGGUAGCGCUCCACGAGGAAGCACUCCAUCCGUGGAGCACUCCUUGAGGAAGCAUUCCACGAUGACGCAGUCCACGUCGAAUCACUUCUUGGAGGAGCACUCCCGGGGAAGCAUUCCUUGGUGAAGCACUCAUUGGCGAAGCGCGCCUUGGUGAAGCGCGCCUUGGUGAAGCAUCCAUUGGUGAAGCACUCCUCGGUGAAGCACUUUGGGAAGCACGGCUCCACGCACCACGCCGCCCGGAAGCAUGCCACUGACGAGGCACGCCACAAGGAAGCACGCCUCCGAUGAAGCACGCUUCCGUGAAGCACCCCCGAAGAAGCCCUCCACGGUGCAUCACGCCACUCUGAAGCACGCCACGGCGAUGAAACUGUUGAUGCAAGCCCUCCCCGAGGACGCCCGCCACGAGGCAGAAUUCACGCACGUGGUGGAGCAGGCCGCCAUGAGGCACGCCACCUGGAGGCACGCCUCUCCGAGAAAGCACGCCGUAGUGAAACCCUCCAGGAAGCCCUCCUCAGAGAAGUACGACUCUCUGCUGAAGCGUGCCGCCCCGACGAAGGCCACGGUGGAGCCUUCCACGAUGCAGCUCUUGAUGGAGCCCUCCACGCCGUACUACUCCACGAUGAAGCAUGCGACUCCCUGAGGAAGCACGCCUCCAACUAUGUACUCAACAGCGAAGAACCGCCCACGAAACACUCCACGGUAAAGAACGCCGAUAAAGUGCUCCUUGAUGAAAUACCUCACGAUGGUGCGCGCCCCGAAGAGCCGCAACAAUACGACACACAACGCUGGUAGCCAUCUUGCGAGCGCGAGGCUGCGCACCAGGAAACCACGAGGUAGGUCACCCGACGCUGCUUGCACAGUGGCACCAGAUGAAGAGGCGGCACCCACUGACUCCAGGGCGCCGACAACGCCAGCGCACGAGGGACGCCUCGAGCCCAGCCAGCAGAG